AAUCAUAAGAAGAAAGUAUUCAAGUAAGUCAUAGCUGAAGACCCCCAAUCUUUAGCUGUUGCAAACUGGUCCCACCCAUGCUGAAACGUCUGCACCCUGCUGAUGCACCCUACUUCACGUAAAUACAGCCUCCACCACACAGCUGUCAAAUAAAACUACUGCAUGACGACUUGUAAAUGACAGUUACUUUUAAAUUAAGACGGUUUGCAGCAAUUCUCAUGUCAUGUUUGUGUCCAUUUUGCUGACUCAUGCAUUUCCAUGGUCCGACCACAUCCUCUGAAAUUAACACAUAAGUGACACACAUAUAAGACAAGUGUUUGCAUCGAGGUGGGGUUCAGUGUUCAGUGCAUUUACCAACACAUCAAAGAGAGAGACGAAGAAAUGUUCUGUCCGAGAGAUCUCAGUGUUUUUCUCUCUUGUGUGGUCCUCCUCGUUGUCCAGUCCAGUCAUGGUGCUGAGAUUAUUGGAGGGAAAAAAGUGAGGCCUCACUCGCUGCCUUACAUGGCUCUGCUUGAGAACAAGACACCAAGCUGUGGAGGGAUACUGAUCGAUCCACAAUGGGUCCUGACUGCUGCCCACUGCUCUAAUAUCAAGAGGGUGUUGCUGGGGGUGCACUCCAUAAAAUCCCAAAGAAAGGAGAAGGGUUCGAGGCAGAUCCUAGCGGUGAAGAGUCGCAUUCCUCAUCCCAGCUAUGAUAAGACAAAGAAAGUCAAUGACCUCAUGUUGCUCAAGCUCAGCAAAUCGGCAAAGCAGACCAAAACGGUGAAAUGUCUUGAUUUGGGUAAAACUGUCAAAGACCCAACAGCUGGCUCCGUCUGUAUGGUGGCUGGAUGGGGGAAAACAGACAACAAUGUCAAUAAAAUGUCUGAUGUUCUGAUGGCUGUCAACGUGACUGUGGUCGACAGAGUGAAGUGCGGUGAAUAUUACAACAAAAAACCUGUCAUCACUAAGGACAUGAUAUGUGCUGGUUCAGACGGUAAAAACAAUGCUGAUACCUGUAACGGUGAUUCUGGUGGACCGCUGUUGUGCAAUGGAGCGCUAGCCGGAGUCACUUCUUUUGGACCUAAGGCAUGUGGCCAAAUUAAAAUGCCUGGAGUUUACACUUUUCUGUCAAAAAAACAACUCAACUGGAUCAAAAAGACAAUGAAGAAGUCUGAAAUAUAAUGAGUGCUUCCUGUUAAUGAUUCGUGACCAUGUUAAUAGCUUCUAUUUCUAUUCUAUUUCUUCUGUGCAACAUUCAUUUUAUCCUAAUUAGAUGUACUGUAAAGGAAUUUAUAUUAUAGGUCAAUUGUUUCAACAUUUCUUGUCUGACAUACUCUUAUAGCCCAAUCAGAUGGGCUCAGGUAGCCCUACAUUGUACCCCUUUGAUUGAUGGGAUCGCUUCAUAAUAGUAUUUCACCACAGAGUGGAUCUGUGGCUACACAUGUGCAUCCAUAUAAGAAUGAGUAAUCACUGAAUUGACAGUUCACUAAACCUCUCCCCUAAACAGUGACUGUCUAGUCAUAGUUUAGCAUCCAGAACUACACAUGUUAGGCUUUGGAUUUCUUACUCAUCAUCCAAUUUGUUGUUUUUUUUUGUUAGCUUGGCUUUCCAAGACUUGUUAUUGUUGUGCUACUGUGGCUUGCUAAGUAGUUUUCACAUGCACUUAUUAGCAGCACACUGUUGUUAGACCUGUCAGAUUGCCUGUCAGAGUAUGUUCCAAAUUGCUCCCUCAGAUCGCAUGGUGCUGGUCUGCUAAAGGUGCCACUGACAAACAGCAAGAGGUAUGGCGACGCUGCCUUCAGUUGUGAUGCACCGAGGAUUUGGAACAUGCUCCCUCCUCAUAUCAGACAGGCCACCACGGUUGACAGUUUUAAGAAGCAACUCAAAACCUACUUCUAUGACCUUGCCUUUAAUUGAUUUUGUUUUACCCCUAUGAUUUUAUCCCUUCUCUAGAAUUUGUCUUUUACUCCUUUACUAUGUCUUAACCGAUAUUUAU